AUGAACAUCAUACUCAUGGGACCGCCCGGAUCGGGCAAGGGCACACAGGCCGCCAACCUGGCAACCAGCCUGGCGAUUCACGCCGUGUCCUCGGGCGACCUGUUCAGAGACCACCAGCGGCGGAACACGGAUCUGGGGCAGCUCGCCCGCUCUUACAUGGAGCGCGGGGUGUACGUCCCGGACGACGUGACGAUCGGCAUGAUAACCGAAUGGAUCAACGAUCCCGAUCACGCCGCCGGAUUCGUUCUGGACGGCUUUCCGAGGACCCAGGCGCAGGCGCAGGCUCUCGACGAGGCGCUCUCAGAUCGGGGCGGAAUCGACCACAUGGUAUUCAUCAGAGUCUCGGACGACGAGCUCGUUCGACGGCUCGGUGGAAGAGUCAUCUGCACAGAGUGCCAGCGACCAUACAAUCUGAACUCGUCGCCUCCCGCAACGGCGGGGAAGUGCGACUAUUGCGCCGGAGAGCUGUACCAGCGAGAUGACGACAAGGCCGAGGUGGUAUCCAGACGAAUCGAGGUUUACAACCAGGAGACAGAGCCUGUCGUGGACUACUAUCGCCAGGCGGGCAGCCUCUCGGAGGUCGAUGGAGAGCAGCCGGUUGACGAGGUCGCCACGGCCCUGUCCGAAGCGAUCGGAGCACGCCUUGUUGGGUAG